UCCAUGUAAUAUAGUCUACACCAUCACAAUAAAUCCAUGUAAUUUAGUUUACACCAUCACAAUAAAUCCAUGUAAUAUAGUCUACACCAUCACAAUAAAUCCAUGUAAUUUAGUUUACACCAUCACAAUAAAUCCAUGUAAUAUAGUCUACACCAUCACAAUAAAUCCAUGUAAUUUAGUUUACACCAUCACCAUUUCUUCAUAUACGAGCAGCAAUGCACACAUGGCAGUAGGCGAUAAGUGUGAAUAUACCAAAAUGAAAUAAAUAAGCGGGAAAAACACCACUCUCAAAAGUGAACGCAAAUGCGACCAUGCAUGUAAUGCUUUAUUGUAAAAGGGUCAUUUGUUAUUGGGAAAAUGAACUUCCCCAAACUUAACUCAAGUAUGCCAGGUAGGUUCCUUAUUAAAACAAUUAGGCCAGGCUACAUGAGGUGUACUACUAUCAUUUGAAAAAGUUGGAGGGAAAAAAGUCAUGAGCUGUUUCUGGACAAGUGAUAAUAUCCACUACAUGACCAAAAGUAUGGUACAUCUCAAUCCAGAGAUUGGUACAUCUCUAUCCAAAACCAUGGUCGUUAUUAUGGAGUUGGUCCCCCCCUAUAACAGCCCCCACUCUUCUGGGAAGGCUUUCCACUAGAUGUAGGAACAUUGCUGCUGGGACUUGCUUUCAUCCAGCCACAAGCAUUAGUGAGGUCGAGUAAGGCACUUAACCCUCUUCUUCCCACCUUCUGGAUAAGAGCAUCUGCUAAAUUACUAAAAUGAGCACUGAUGUUGGGCGAUUAGGCCUGGCUCGCAGUUGGCAUUCUAAUUCAACCCAACGGUGUUCAGUGGGGUUGAGGACAGGGCAAGCCAGUCAAGGUCUUCCACACCGAUUUCAACCAACUAUUUAUGUUGGACCUCGCUUAGUGCACUGGGGCAUUGUCAUGCUGAAACAGGAAAGGGCCUUCUCCAAACUGUUGGAAGCACAGAAUUGUCUGUCAUCGUAUGCUGCAGCAUUAAGAUGUCCCUUCACUGGUACUAAGGGGCCUGAACCAUGAAAAACAGCCCCAGACAAUUAUUCCUCCUCCACCAAACUUUAGUUGGCACUCUCCAUUGGGGCAGGUAGCUUUCUCUUGGCAUCUGCCAAACCCAGAUUCGUCCGUCGGACUGCCAGAUGGUGAAGCGUGAUUCAUCCCUCCAGAGAGCGCGUUUCCACUGCUCCAGAGUCCAAUGGUGGUGAUCUGUACACCCCUCCAGACCUGGCAUUCCGACGAACAGUUCUUCUGCUGGCGUUGCUUCCAGAGGCAGUUUGGAACUUGGUAGUGAGUGUUGCAACCGAGAACAGAUCAUUUUGAAUAGCUACGCGCUUCAACACCCAGCAGUCACGUUCUGUGAAUUUGUGUGGCUGAGCCGUUGUUGCUCCUAGACGUUUCCACUUCACAAUAACAUGACUUACAGUUGACAAGGGCAGCUAAAGCAGACAUUUGACAAACUGACUUGUUGCAAAGGUGGCAUCCUAAUUUAGGUGCCACAUUGAAGGUCACUGAGCUCUUCAGAAAGGCCAUUCUACUGUCAAUGUUUGUCUGUGGAGAUUGCAUGUAUGUGUGCUCGAUUUUAUGCAACGGAUGUGACUGAAAGCCAAACUACUAAUUAAGUAUAUAUAUGUAUAUUAUAUAUAUAUAUAUAUAUAUGUGUGUAUAUAUAUUCUUGAUUUAAUCUUGUCUUUACAUAUCACAUGAUUUAGUAUAUUAGUUUUGAUUUAGAAUGGAGCAUUAUCAUGCACCUGUAUCUAAACAGGGAAAAAUACAUAAUGUCAUCUAUGCACUUAAAUGGAGGACACUUUUCCCCUGGUUCAUUUUCAUGCCAGCCAGGUAGGCUAUACUCCUGUCGUAAAGAUAAGCAAUAUGCUUAAUAUUAGGAAAGUUGAGAAAUAAAUAUAGUAGGCCUAGCCUAUAGAAAGCUGAUGGGAUCCUCCUCUUUUUAAUAGAGGCCAUCACUUGGUUCUCUCACACAAUUGCAUAUAGAAAUGUUGUGCAACAUGAGCUCAUGAAGUGUGUGAUUAGAUGGACAAUAGAGUGCUGAGUACCAGGCACGUAGCACGUUUGGUAGACUAUUAAUGACCAGCAGAGCUUGGAGGAGCCUAAUUACUGUGACUGUUCACCGGUGUGUUGGUAAUACUGUCACCGUAACAACCAUGGCUCACUUUCCAAAUCCUCUCCCCCUCUCCUCUACCUGUAACUCUUCCCCAGGGCGAGGUUGACCUUCUCAGCCAACUUACCUGAUAAAUAAAGGAGGCGUUAUAUCGCUUUGUGGCGGCAGCGGAUGAGGAGGCGCCACGUGGAACAUUCCUCCGCUCUCUCCCCGGAUCAGCGCUUCAAGAUCCUACCUCUAUUUUAUUACUCUCAUUCUCUUCCCUCUUCCUCCUGUCCCCCUCCUGUCCCCCUCCUCUCCCCCUCCUCCCCUCAGACAUGUCAGGCUAACGCUGUACACUGAAUCGGUAUGGUUGGUGUUAGCAGGAUGCUAGGCUAAUGGCUAAUGUAAAUUAGAUAACAGGGUAGCACAGAGCAAGAAUCUAUAACACCCUCUACAGAUAAAGAGGCAGGUAACACAAACUCACUAAUCUCUGAACCCAUAAAAAUUCUGUCAUGAUUGUCUCGGAUGAGGGGAGACUCCCUCCACAGACUCACUGGUCCAGUUCAGUACCUACCAUGUACAUAUGACCAGGGAGAUCGUUGAAGAAUCACCGCGGAAUUGGAUGUUGGGAAAUGCCUUCAGACCCGUCCACUGGGGCAACAGUGAGCGCUAUUACCAUCCAGUAGACUUGGUUUGAGGACAGGGGUGGUUAACUAACUAAAUGUAACCCUUCAUUUAAACAUGUUGACGUUUGGAGCAAUGGGACACCACAACAGUGUCAGAAACACUGACAUUUGGAUAAACGUAGAUGAAUGACUAGUUCUGCAGUGAGACAGAGCUUGUUGCAUAUGACAUAUCAAUCCCUGCAUUAACAAUAUGGACCAGUUGACCAGAACCAUCCGAGUCCAUUCUGGAGCAAAAACAACAAUCAGAAUGAUCCAGAAGCCAACAAUGCAGUGUGAUGAGGCCAGUAGGAAGCAGAGAACUGCUUCUGUUCUGUUCAGUAGGAAGCAGAGAACUGCUUCUGUUCUGUUCAGUAGGAAGCAGAGAACUGGUUCUGUUCUGUUCAGUAGGAAGCAGAGAACUGGUUCUGUUCUGUUCAGUAGGAAGCAGAGAACUGCUUCUGUUCUGUUCAGUAGGGAGCAGAGAACUGCUUCUGUUCUGUUCAGUAGGGAGCAGAGAACUGUUUCUGUUCUGUUCAGUAGGGAGCAGAGAACUGCUUCUGUUCUGUUCAGUUCAGUAGGAAGCAGAGAACUGGUUCUGUUCUGUUCAGUAGGAAGCAGAGAACUGCUUCUGUUCUGUUCAGUAGGAAGCAGAGAACUGGUUCUGUUCUGUUCAGUAGGAAGCAGAGAACUGGUUCUGUUCUGUUCAGUAGGAAGCAGAGAACUGGUUCUGUUCUGUUCAGUAGGAAGCAGAGAACUGCUUCUGUUCUGUUCAGUAGGGAGCAGAGAACUGCUUCUGUUCUGUUCAGUAGGGAGCAGAGAACUGGUUCUGUUCUGUUCAGUGGGAAGCAGAGAACUGCUUCUGUUCUGUUCAGUAGGGAGCAGAGAACUGGUUCUGUUCUGUUCAGUAGGAAGCAGAGAACUGCUUCUGUUCUGUUCAGUAGGAAGCAGAGAACUGGUUCUGUUCUGUUCAGUAGGAAGCAGAGAACUGGUUCUGUUCUGUUCAGUAGGAAGCAGAGAACUGGUUCUGUUCUGUUCAGUAGGAAGCAGAGAACUGCUUCUGUUCUGUUCAGUAGGGAGCAGAGAACUGCUUCUGUUCUGUUCAGUAGGAAGCAGAGAACUGCUUCUGUUCUGUUCAGUGGGAAGCAGAGAACUGUUUCUGUUCUGUUCAGUAGGGAGCAGAGAACUGCUUCUGUUCUGUUCAGUAGGGAGCAGAGAACUGUUUCUGUUCUGUUCAGUAGGGAGCAGAGAACUGCUUCUGUUCUGUUCAGUUCAGUAGGAAGCAGAGAACUGGUUCUGUUCUGUUCAGUAGGAAGCAGAGAACUGCUUCUGUUCUGUUCAGUAGGAAGCAGAGAACUGGUUCUGUUCUGUUCAGUAGGAAGCAGAGAACUGGUUCUGUUCUGUUCAGUAGGAAGCAGAGAACUGGUUCUGUUCUGUUCAGUAGGAAGCAGAGAACUGCUUCUGUUCUGUUCAGUAGGGAGCAGAGAACUGCUUCUGUUCUGUUCAGUAGGGAGCAGAGAACUGGUUCUGUUCUGUUCAGUGGGAAGCAGAGAACUGCUUCUGUUCUGUUCAGUAGGGAGCCCAGGACAUUCAGACAUUCUGCAGGUUUUAACCUCAAUUUACAUUUUUGUUUUGAAUGAGUUAUUUAACGUUAGCUUGGAGUGGCUAACAGGUUAGCGUGAAUCUAUUACCCUGAGAAAGUUUAACAAAAUGUAUAUGAACAACACUACUACACUGUAUAUACGAAUGGGUGAAUAUUAAUUUAUUUAUUUGAAGUGGGGGUUUUUUUAGCAGCUGUUUAUGAUUGAGUUUCUUCUUGUUAGAGGCGGGGCUUAAAUGGCUAUCAGGGUCAGCCUCCGGUUGUCAUGGCAGCAGACCUGUGAUUGACAUGCAUCGUUAGAGUUUUAUUACAGAGGCUGAAUAAACAGUGGGUUCAAAACCAGAAGGAA